AUGUGGCGCCUGCUGCUCGCCGGCCGCGCGGGCGGCGCGGCACCGGACGCAUUGCAGGAGGGGCCGCCGGGCGCCGCCCUCGACGGCGGCCGGCGCCUGCCGCCGCUGGCCCGUGUCCUGGCGUCGCGGCUGGACGCCGCCGCCGCGGCGUCCGCGGCGGCGUCGGCGGACCCCCAGGCCAAGGCGGCCGCGGCGGCGGUGUUCAGGCGGCUGCUGCGGGCCGUCGAAAAGCGCCACAAGGCGAUGGCGCGGGAUGCAGCCGGCCACGAGGCGCUCCCGCGCCAGCUCGGCCUGGCGGCCGUCGCCGCGGCGGCGGAGGCGGCGCGGCACCGGGUGGACUGCGUGAGGCUGCUGCGGGACCUGCACGUGGCGGAGCUGCAGGCGGAGGUCGCGGCCUCGGACGUGGAGGCGGCAGCCGCCGAGUGCGACGCGGCAGCCGCCGGGCAGCUUCAGGCGGUGCUGGCCCUGGAGGAGGGACGGACGCGGCCGCAGCUGGAGAAAAUGGCGGCGGAUUUGAGAGGAAAGUGCGCAGACCUCUCCGCGAGGAAGCGGUUUCUGCAGCACCAAGCAGCCAGCAGCACGGCAAUCGCCGGGGCUGGCGAGCCUGCGCAGCGACGGCAGCAGCAGCUGCAGCGGGAGCAGGAGCAGCAACAUGGGCAGGAGCAGGAGCGGCAGCAGCAGAAACGGCAGGAAGGGCAGGAGGACGGGGGUAGGGCAGAGGCGGUCUCGGCCGCGGCCGCGGCGGGGGCGGCGGCGAUCGCGCGGGCCGCGGCGGCGGCGGGCGCGGCAGCGGCAGCGGCAGCAGACUCGGCGGCGGCAGCGGGCGCUGCGGCAGCAGGGCCGUCGGCUGUCGAAGCAGCGACAGCGGGCGCAGCGGAAGAAGCCCCGGCCGCCGCCGCCAUCAACACCGCCGCCGACGCCGCAGGCACAAGCGGCGGCGGCAGUGCGGCGGCCGCGGCGGCCGCUGCGGCGGCGGCUGCAUUGGCCGGGGCUGAUGACACGGAGUGCCCCAUCUGCAAAUGCGUGCUGGAGGGAGAAGUAAUCGUCCUCAACUGCGGCCACGUCUUCUGCAGCGCGUGCGCAGAGGCGGCGCUGGCCGUGGCGCCGGCGUGCCCCUACUGCCGCGCGCGCGUGCUGCCCACCCAGAUCUUCCGCGUGGCUGCGUCAGCCCCCCGGGGCGCCCACGAUCCGGAAGUCGACCCACCGGAGGGGGCAGGGCUGCGGGCUGUGAGGACUACGGGGCAGUGGAUGACCAAGCUGGAGGGCCUGAUGCGCCGCCUGCUCUACCUCGCGCGCACCGCCCCCGACGAGAAGGUCCUGGUCUUCUCCCAAUUCCCGGACGCCCUCGCGCUCGCUGGCAAGGCCCUGGACGUCGCUGGCAUCCGCCACGUCAGCCUGGCGGGGGGCAGGGCCGGCAUGCGGCGCGCGGUGAAGCUCUUUGCGGAGGAUCCCGGGCCCCCGCAUUGA